UAUGAUUACAUCGUUUUAAGUGUUUGUUUUACAUUUAAUUGUAUUUGGUCCUGGUUAACAGAAUUGUCUCCUCAAACAGUUUUUGUCAUACAACCUGGCAAUGGUCAAGACAAUGCUGUGAUUAAAAGGAAUUACUGAGAAAUCAAUCGUAAUUUUACGAAAAACAAAAGAGGAAGUAAAAAGAUGGAAAUUCCGAUGACGUAAUGGGUUUUUCUAACAGAGAAAACAGCCGAGGUGGCACAGACAAGCCAAUCGAGCUUGUCAUCGGAGCAGUGAAUCUUUCCCAAGAAUGUCAUAACAUUUAGAAGCAUCAAGUCAAAGACCAAGUGUUAAUUUAACGUAAGAAAUCAGACGAGGUGACACGGACAAACAACUUAACUUUGUCAGCGGAACAGUGCAUCUUCCCUAAGAUGAUUGAGAUAGGUCAAGUCAAAGAUCAAGUGUUAAUGUAACACCAGGAGUCACCAUGAAGACGCUCCACCUUGUCGCCGUGGUAUUGGUCGCAUAUGGAGUACAAAUGGUGCUGUCUGACUCUGAGAAUGGUUCUUCGCUUGCAGACCUAACAAGCAAUGGAUGGGCUUUUAUUGCUUGUACGGUGGCAGUUAUAUUAUUUGGAUGGCUCUGGUGUCGCUUCACAGACGAGCCUACUGUUGAAAUAGAAAAUAAAUACUACACUGUUGAAGUAGGACAACAAGCAGAAUUGAGGUGUUCAGUGUUAUGUGCUUUUCCGUUCAUCAAAUCUGUUACCUGGGAACAUACAUCACCUGGUGGACGACCCAUACAGCUUGAUUUAGAUCUGCCUGAGUAUACAAGAUCUAAACCAGAUCACCUUAUAAUCAACAAAACAGUAAAAUCUGACGAAGGGCAAUAUGUGUGUACUGUCUCCAGUUGGUACGGGAAACGACGGAGUACAACAACUAAACUGACUCUGGUAGAAGGAUCAACAUCCUCAUGUGUGUACAAACCUUCUAUGGCUGCCACGUAUCCUACCACCAAAAAGACCACCAACUUCGCCAGAAUCUGUAGAUUGGUGGUUGAUGUUUUUCCUGACAUAUUCAGGCAGUUACUUGUCGCUCGACUGCCAGCAUCUGGACUGACCACUGCUCUUCGUACCAACAGGAAAGUGAUUUCCCCUCUGCUGAAUGCUCAGCAGAAAAGAAUACUUUACCCAAAAGUUGGAGUGUUCCGAGGUUCUGAGAAGGAUUUGGAUGUAUCUCUCCUCUACAUCCUUCUAAGGAAUCUAGUGAACAUCCCACCUCAUAAAAAAGGGUGGGGAAGAGAUCCAGAUAUUGCAGAUCGUUCGCUGUCGGCCAACAUCGACCGCCUCCGUAGUCAGAGAAAUGAGGCUUACGGACAUGCGAAGUCUGCCUCUAUCUCUGAUACAGAUUUUCAGACUAGGUGGGCCGACAUCCGACAAAGUAUCGAAGAUCUGCAGAGUGGUGGUCAUAUCACAGGGACAUUCGUAGUAGCUGUGGAUAAGAUAGGCACCAUGAGGAUGGACCCCAGUACAGAGAGGAAUUUUAUAGCUCUGGUAAAGGAGAUGGAAGGGGAAAUCUGUGACGUAAAACAGAGACAAGAAGAGAUGACAACUGACAUGGACAACCUAAAAGGCACUGUUGAUGCUGUGAGUGGUGAUGUUGAUGCUGUGAAGAAAGAUGUCAGUGACAUGAAACAAACAUCAGCCAAAAAUGCAGGGGAAAUCUGUGACGUAAAACAGAGACAAGAAGAGAUGACAACUGACAUGGACAACCUAAAAGGCACUGUUGAUGCUGUGAGUGGUGAUGUUGAUGCUGUGAAGAAAGAUGUCAGUGACAUGAAAGAAACAUCAGCCAAAAAUGCAGGGGAAAUCUGUGACGUAAAACAGAGACAAGACGAGAUGACAACUGACAUGGGCAACCUAAAAGGCACUGUUGAUGCUGUGAGUGGUGAUGUUGAUGCUGUGAAGAAUGAUGUCAGUGACAUGAAACAAACAUCAGCCAAAAAUGCAGGGGAAAUCAGUGACAUGAAAGAGAGACAAGACGAGAUGGCAACAAACUUUGAUGAUCUGAAAGGAACUGUUGAUGAUGUGAGUCAUCAUGUUGAUAAUGUGAGUGAUGAAGUUGGAGCUGUUAGGAAAGACGUUACUGCUGUGAGUGAUGACGUUGGUGAUGUUAGGAAAGACGUUACUGCUGUGAGUGAUGACGUUGGUGCUGUUAGGAAAGACGUUACUGCUGUGAGUGAUGAAGUUGGAGCUGUUAGGAAAGACGUUACUGCUGUGAGUGAUGACGUUGGUGCUGUUAGGAAAGACGUUACUGCUGUGAGUGAUGAAGUUGGAGCUGUUAGGAAAGACGUUACUGCUGUGAGUGAUGAAGUUGGAGCUGUUAGGAAAGACGUUACUGCUGUGAGUGAUGACGUUGGAGCUGUUAGGAAAGACGUUACUGCUGUGAGUGAUGACGUUGGAGCUGUUAGGAAAGACGUUACUGCUGUGAAGGAAGAUGUCAGUACCCUGAAACAUUUUUCAUCGACAAUUGAAGGCACUGUUGUUGCUGUGAGUGAAGACGUUGCUGCUGUGAAGGAAGAUGUCAGCGCCAUGAAACAAUCUUCAUCCACAAAUGGAGGAAGGAAUCCUAAGUUGAGAGCUGUGAUAGAAACAACAAGAUUAACAACCAUUGAUCAAACCUCAAAACCAGAGGUGAUCUCUACACAAGCCUUGGAAGACGCUAAAGAAAUGAUCAGAAAGAACAGCGUUGUCCUCAUCAAGGGUGCCUCAGGGGAUGGGAAGACUUUAAUGGGUUACCAACUGUUGAAGUGGCUAAUGGACGGCGAUGAUAAGGAUACCAGACUGUCAAAGGAUCCUGUCCAGCUUUACAGCAUGGCCAAAUGGGAUAAAAUUGUUGAGCCAAACACACAAUUAGCUGUAUAUGUUGAUGAUGUUAGUGGGGAAAUCGCUGAAGAUUUAAAGAAAAGGGAAGUCUCCAUUAAGUCGACAUUUUGUGGGAAACUCCAUAAUAGAUCAAAUUGUUUGAUACUAAAUGUUCGAGAUGAAAUUUUCAAAAGCACACAAUUAUCUUCUUGUGAAUUCUUCGAACAAAAUAUCAUUGAUUUGAGAGGUAAAAACUGCAUAAAAAUCGCAGAAAAAAAGCUUAUUUUAGAAAGUUAUGUCCGAGAAAUUAAAACCUUUCCUAGUGGAAAGGAAUCUGAAAUAGUCAAACUUGCCCCAGAUAUAGGAUUUCCACAGUGUUGUCGACUUUAUAGGGAUGUUCCCAGCUUACAAAAAGAGGGGGUUCAUUUCUUCAAACAACCAUUUCAUUUCAUGGAAACAACUUUGAAGAAAUUACCAAAGGAGCACUUUUAUGCUCUUCUGUUUCUCUUUCUCAAUGAUGGGAGGGUUAAGAAAGGGGAUUUAGAUCCUAAAAACAGUGAAAGUUUUGACAGGAAAAAGCUUGAUGAAGCUUUCCAGGGAAUUAAACUUGAUCAUGCAGACAAAAUCAGAUCUCUGCGGAAAAGUUUAGAUGUAAUGUUUGGAUCUCUGGUUGAAAAAAGAAAAUAUUAUUUUUAUGAUGAUGAUGAUGAUUUUUAUGAUGAUGAUGAUGAUUUUGAUGAUGAUGAUGAUGAUGGUGAUGAUGAUGAUGAUGAUGAUGAUUCAAUUUACAAAUUUUGUCAUGAUUCUGUUCAGGACACUGUUGCCCUUUUGUAUGGCAAGGACACAAAAAUUGGGUUUAUAGAAAAUUGUCCCCGAAAGUUCCUCCACUAUAUAUCAACAUCAAAAUCCACAGCUAAUAAAAUAGUUAUAAAAUCUAGUAGUGAACACAUGUAUAAACGUUUGGUCAAGAGAGUGUGAAUCUGAUGUCCGACGAUAUGACUGGGACCACAGAUUGUCUGACUAUAUAGUUAGAUUAGAUGUAUGGACAGACACCCUGUUUCUACAGGGAUUUAUUAGUUGGUUAAGUGGUCAGAAUGAUGACAAAAACUUACACCAACUGAUAAAAUGUGCCUUGUUAAAUGGAGCUUGCUCUGCUGGUUUAGAAGAUCGUGUCUCGUGUCUCCUUUCUGUGGGUGCCACACCCGACAAUGAUACACCGUUUAUUGUAGUGGAGGGUGGGAGUGUACAACUACUGACACAAAUACUAAAGUAUGACGUCAUUCCUACAGCGAGGGCACGCUGGUCACAAUCAUCAUAUAUAUUAUACUACAGAUAUCAAUGUCCUACACGAGGCGUGUUUGUUUGAGAGAGAAGAGAUGGUGACCAUGUUGUGUGACACUUACCCAGACUUGGUACAUGAGACUGAUUACAAGAGACGAAGCACGCUCCAUUGUGUGGCACGGACAGGAAACGUUGGUAUAUUUCAGACAGUGGAGAGAUUGGUACUUAAAUCAUUGUGUAGAGUUGAGGAUGUACAACAUAAGUGUGAGACAGAAAAUGGUCGUGAUGUACAUAGGAGUUGUG